AUGGCCACCACAUCGUUACUUGAUCUGCCCGACGAACUGAUUCACAACAUCUUUCUCCACCUGAACGCAUCAUCGGCCACCAGCUUCGGACAAAGCUCGAAACGACUAUACAAGAUCUCGAACACCGCUUCGCUAUGGCGUCGCUGGUGCCGCGAGGGCUGGAACUACUGGGAAGAGCAACAAGGUAGACCCCUGCCGGAUUACAAUGUCCAUUCGCAAACAGAGUGGAAGCGCGCAUACGCCGACAAGGUCACGCAAGAUAAAGAGGUCCUGGCUAUCUUCAACAACCUUCUGAGCGGCCAGCAAAACCGAAUGGCGCGCAUGCACGAGAUUGUCGAGCACUACUCAUACGAUGCUAAAGAUGUGCUGCUGGCUCAACUACAAACGCCGGACGACGCUGAGGAUGUUCUUGCCCGCCGCUACUGGAGUGGCGUUGUUCUCGAGCUACUACAUCGCUUCAAGGCUGUAAAGAUCUGGGAUUAUAUGCAGUGGCAGGACUAUCCGCCGCUUGAAGAAGCUCUGGGCGCUUUCGAUCUGUUCAUCCAAGGCAGCAGUAGCGACUUUGAGCUGUCUAUUUUGAAGCAAGAGUUGGACGACAUUGCACAUGCCAUCGAGUCCUCGGACCCGGACUGGCGCGACAAGAUCCACACAGAGAAAGCAGUCGCUAUCUCAAAGUAUCUGAGAGAGCACCAGCUUGUGGGCUGCUCACCAGAAGCAUUCAGUCUCAUGCGAUACCGUUUCAUCACACACGUCCUGACACAUCCUACCGACAAAUCUUCUAUACCCAUGCAGUCGGUAGUCAUCUUCUGCUGCGUAGCAACACGGCUUGGUCUCAAAGCCUGGCCCUGCAACUUCCCGGGCAAGAUUCACGCUGUACUCGAACCGCCGUACGGACCCUCGAUCAAGAACACUCGCGCCACUCACAAAAUUCCCGAUGGUGUCGUAUGGAUGAACCCUUCUGAUAAUGACGAGAUUAUAACCGAACAAGCCAUGCGAGACAUGCUCAAUCAGAUGCCACACUACAACACUCCAGAGAGUCAAUAUUCAUGCUUGACGCGAGCCCAUACUCGAGCUUUGGUACUGAGAACCGGUGUUAACAUUAUCGGCUCCAUGCAAUUCCACAGGCCAUCGCCGGGCUGGGAAACUCCUAAUAUCGCUUUCUGUGCUCUAUGGAGUCUGAUUUCCAUGAGUCAGGUCGACGCCCGAAAGAAUCGUGAGCUUUUCGACCGUCAUCAACAUUGGCUUAGCCAGAUCGUGAACUGGUUCGAAGGCUAUGUUCAGGAUGGACUUUGGCUUGACGAUGCUGUGCUCUUCGAGCGUUAUGUUUUGCCUAUGAUAGAAGGAGUGGAAGCAAAAGCUCGACUAGCGCAGAUUCUGGAACAGAUCCAUGUCGCAGACUCCAACGCGAAUCCAAUCACUCCGCGUGACGGACGCACACAACUAGUCAAGUACAAGGUAGGACAAAUAUUCAGGCAUGUCCGCUACGGCUAUGUGGGGGCAAUCAUUGGAUGGGACCCUAGCUGCCAGGCUGGCGAGUUCUGGAUUCAAAGCAUGCGAGUAGAAGACCUUCCGCGCGGCCGCGAACAGAGCUUCUACCACAUAAUAUGCGAAGAUGAGUCCCUUCGCUACGUAGCAGAGGAGAACAUUAUGGUACUUGAGGAAGAACCGUCCGCACAACUACUAAAACUCGCUGGUCGCUACUUCAAACGUUGGGAUCAAGAGAACAAAGUUUUCGUCAGCAACAUCAAGGACGAGUAUCCUGACGAUUGA